UGGCUUGUUGGUGUUGUGAAUGCGUGAGUCGCACCUGUCACAUGCUCUCUUGACUAGUUGAAGUAGCUGACCCGUAACAUAGAGGGCCAUACAUGGCCAGCGCCGUCUUGGGUUGCUGGCUGUCUGACCCCUGCAACAAAAUCUUGGGCCGCCGAGGUGCUAUUUUCAUUUCCGCUAUUUUCUGCUUGCUCACUCCCAUUGGCUCUGCCGUGUGCCAGACCUGGCCUCAGUUGCUUGUUACCCGUCUUCUUCUCGGUAUUGGAAUGGGCUUGAAAGCGUCCACUAUUCCCGUCUUUUGUGCAGAAAAUUGCCCAGCCAUAAUCCGUGGAGGCUUGGUGAUGAGUUGGCAAUUGUGGACAGCCUUCGGCAUCUUCCUCGGUACCAGCGCAAAUUUGGCUGUCAAAGAUACUGGAGACAUUUCCUGGCGCCUUCAGCUUGGCUCUGCCUUUAUUCCCGCCGUGCCCCUCCUCAUUGGAGUGUACUUCUGUCCCGAAUCACCCCGUUGGUACAUCAAGUGUGGUAAGAUGAGGCAGGCGUAUCAAUCUCUGUGCCGCCUGCGCAACACGAGGCUGCAGGCUGCACGCGACCUGUAUUACAUCCACGCUCAGAUCAAGAUUGAGCAAGAGAUUACAGGCCAAGGCCAUUAUGUCAAGCGUUUCAUUGAAUUAUUUACUAUUCCCCGGGUCCGACGUGCCACUCUCGCCUCGUCUGUGGUGAUGAUUGCGCAACAGAUGUGUGGUAUUAACAUUGUGGCAUUCUAUUCUUCCACCAUCUUUCAAGAGGCUGGUGCUAGCGUUACGGGGGCUCUCUUUGCUUCGUGGGGGUUUGGAUUGGUCAACUUCAUCUUUGCCUUCCCAGCCGUGUUCACCAUCGACACGUACGGUCGCAGAACUCUGCUGCUGUUUACCUUCCCGCAGAUGGCCUGGACUCUGUUGGCUGCCGGCUUUUGUUUCUACAUUCCGCAGGAAUCUACAGCACACAUUGCCUGCAUUGCUCUGUUCGUCUUUUUGUUCGCUGCGUUCUACUCUCCCGGUGAAGGCCCUGUGCCUUACGCCUAUUCCGCAGAGGUCUUCCCCUUGUCCCAUCGCGAGGUUGGAAUGUCCUGGGCUGUUGCAGUUUGCCUCAGCUGGGCAGCAGUGCUUUCCAUCACCUUCCCCCGUAUGUUGCAUGCUAUGACUCCAACUGGAGCAUUUGGCUUCUACGCGGGAUUGAAUAUGACUGCCUUAGUCAUGAUCUUCCUUUGGGUACCCGAGACCAAGCAGCGCACCCUCGAGGAGUUGGACUACAUAUUUGCAGUCCCAACUCGCGUUCACAUUCACUACCAAAUCUUCAAGGUUCUUCCAUGGUGGAUUCAGCGAUUCAUUUUCCGUCGCAAGGUCGAACUGGAGCCGCUUUACAAGUUCGACCACAUUGCCACUCGCACCUCUUAGACUGUGGACCCUGGUGAGGAUGCUAUCAUAACCCAUGCUUCAUGGUAGAUGAUCGUUAGGCCGAUCCAGUUGAUCAUUUCUUUUUCCCAACUUCGAUUGAUACCUUCGGUCCCUUGGAUGUUUUCACGUCGUUGUAGUAGUCCGUCAGAUGCGGGAUAUCUUCGGAAGCCUGUUUUCCAUAUCCUCUUAAUAUCUAAUCAGGAAAGAACAUGUAUUACUAGUCGUGUGAUAUACUCGGGGACUGAAUAAUAAAACAUUUUCGAAUGCAUUGAUUCCUUUAUGGCGCGUAGGUUCGUGUAGAUUCCGAGAGUGGAGCGUCUCCACGUUCCUCUCGGAGAUCAUGUGGAGGCAUCCUGAUCCGGCAUAGUCUGGCC